ACCUCCUCAACCGGAGCAACUUGCGACUCCGCCGUAAUGGCCCUGGCCUCCGGCAUCCAAUCCAACAUCGACGACCAAAACAACGAACUCACGACCGUCACGGCCCUGGGCAACGUGCUAGCCCAGAACCCGCUCGACUCGACGCUUUACUCCGCCACGCAAUCUAGUCUUCUCGGAUUCGUGACCAAGGGGAUUGCGAUCCGGCAAAACAAUCAGAAGAUUGCGCCGGCGGGGAACCCAGCUAUCGCGGGACUGGCGACGGUGGCGAUAGCGCAGAUGACGGAGUUGAACCUUACGAUGAGUUUGGCGGUGCCGGCGAGUGGGAGUGUAGAUGUGGGGACGGCGAAUAAGACGGUUGAGGCGCUGAAGGGUGACUUUAAGGGCGGGAUUGUGCAGAAUAUGAAGAAUUUGGCGGCGGUAAGU